AUUCAAGAUAGCAGGCUCUGAUCUGUCGCUAAGGAGCAAAAAUAUCAGGAUUUCUCAAAAUGCCUCCGAAGCCAGCAGCAAAAGGCAAGACUCCCAAAAGCGGGAAGCUUAGUAAAGCAGAGAAGGAAAAGCUGAAGAAAGAAGAAGCCGAACGGAAAGCAAAAGAGGAAGAGGAGGCAAGACUUAGAGAAGAAGAAGAAAAGAGAGAACAAGAAGAAAGAGAAAGACUUGAAAGAGAAGAAAAAGAAAGAUUGUGGGAAGCGGAGAAGGCCAGACAUCAGGCUGAGUUAGAUGAAGUAAAGGAAGCUCUUGAAAACAAUGCCCAACAACUGAAGGCACUUGAAGAAUCACAUAGAAUAAAAGCAAAGUGGGAUAGGUACAUGCAGUGUGAUGGCAGCCCAGAUCCCUGCCUUGAAAAUGAGCUCAAUACAUAUAUGCAUCUUUGGAAAGAAGAGCUGGAUGGCCCUACACCUAAGCCUGUCAAGGACGUACUGGAUGAAUGUGAAAACACUCUGAAGCUGAUAUCUGAGCUGGAGCAUYAUAUUCAAGAUAGUGAAUAUGAGGGACUUACAGAAGAAGACAUACUUAGAAACAAGGAGUCAAUAGCAAAGCUUCAAGAACUUCUUGGUUUUAUACUGGACAGGACAACCAUGCAGCUACUUCAGAAUGCUUCUGACAAUGUUGAUCCAGAAUCCCAGAAUCUUGAGUUCAUAACAACUACUACGCAUUUAACCUUGUGUCUGUGGGGUAACAUCGCAAAGAACCCAAGGCUCAAGUCAGUGACCUUUGAUCAACAAGGUUUUACUAUAGAGAUCCCUAAGUCUUUAGCCGUUGGUGAUGUGUCUAUACGACUUCUGCUGACCGCCUAUGACCACCUUAGUCCUUUGGCCAAAUCAUUUCAUCCCAAACAAAAGAAACCUGAAGUGGUCGUUGAAGUUUCUCAACCAACAGAAGAAGAAAAGAAAGAGGAAGGAGAGGAAGGAGCCAAAGAAGAAGACGAACCAAGAGAUACGACUACACCAAAGUCUGCAUCGGUCAUCAGCCGUGCAAGCAAGACGAGCAGGAGAAAGAGUGCAGCCCGUACUGGUAGCAGCAAGAGUACCAGGAGCCGUAGAGCAAGUGCAAAGAGCGUUAAGAGUCAAGUCAGUGAACAGAACAGCCAAAAAGAAACUAUAAAAGAGGCUGAAACAGAAGCAGAAGAGGGAGCAGAUGACGUCACAAAGACCGACCAAUCAGGUGAAGAGGUUCUUGCAGAAACCACGUCAGCCCUUGAUGAAGAAGAUGAUGACGAAGAUGACGACGAUGUAGUUGACUUGAGGGCAUUUGGUGUUAUUGGACCUAUCAUGUUUAUUGAUUUACUGGAGCUUCCUCCUCAACCAAAACACGUCAAAAACUGGAUAAUACAGCAAAUUGUUUCCCCUGAUCUGAAGAGGCUUCCUUACCAGACACAAUCAGGGACCAAUACUCUACCAGGAUCGGCGUCUAGUAGCAAUGCUCCUCCAUUAUCAGCCUCCACCAGCCAAUUCCAGGCACCCAAUCCACCUCUUGCCAUCAAUUUUAGAUUACCAAACAACGUGGUUUACUUUGAGAAGCCACAGUUGGCCUGGUGGGAGCCGUCCAAGAAGCAAUGGCGUCUAGACGGACUGACAGACAUUCAAUAUGAAGAAGAGACAAGAAUGAUGUCCUUCAAGACAACAGGUUUUGGUUCCAUUGCAACUACCCAGGACUUGUACCUGAACAUGCCAUUCCAAUCAUGGGAAAUCCGUCCUCACAAGACCAACAGUUGUUUAUUCACACUGAUUGCUGCCAUUAUUGAACUGGAGAUAGAAAUAAAGGAUGAUGUUUGUUGUCUCUCACAGCCAGACGACUUGCAAGAGGUUUCCCAUCUCAUUGGGAAAUGGAUGAAACCACAAGACUUCAUCAAGGCCAUGCAGACUGCCGGGGUCAAUGUUUUCCCUGCUGUAGAUGCAGAGAAGUAUGUAAGCGUUAAUAAGAAGGAUGAGAAACUGGAGAACGAAGUUUAUCAGGAAAUAUCCCUCACUGCAUCAGCCUUUGCCUACAGCUGGAGUAAGUGGAAUGCUGAUUCAAGUGUGGAUAAAAUCGUUCUACAAACCGCUGAACAACUCCAAGAUGAUCUUCUCCUUGAGGAAGACUGGUCGUUGUAUUUACUCACCACACGAAGUUCUUGUAAACUAAAGAUGAAAGAAGAAGACACCGAGUUUUCAGAUAAUUCCGCUGACAAUACCCAGCUCCAUUCCAAUCUGUACCAUAUGGUUAGAGACGGUGCAUCUGAAAAAGCCGUGCAGCGCAUCAAGGAUUCAAGUUUUCUCUUUGUGGACUGCGUUUAUCAAUUGCUGUCGGCAACAAAAGUUGUCACAUACUCCUAAUUACAGGAUGAAUUAAGCAAUUGCCUGUCAUUUCGUGUGCGGCUAAAUUGUAAGGAAAAAAAAUUAAUGGAGGUCACGUCAUUUCAGAUGUCAAUGCUGACUGGGAUAUCGAAAUCCCUGGUAUUUCAGCCCAUUCGUAAUUGUUUUAUAGAUUCUCUUAAAAUACUUACACCUCCGUCGCCAAACAUUUGUUUCGUGUAAAUAUUGGUUUYGUAAAUAAAAUACCUUUUUUCUAGAA